AUGUCGACAGGAUCCAUGUCAAACGUCCAGAGAACACUCGUCGACUUGAAUGCGAUUGGCUCCUGUGUCAAGCCCCCAAAUUUCGAACAAUACACGGAUUCUCCAACCAUAUUGCAGAACAUAUUCUCGCAAAGAGAUAUUGCAUGUACCGAGGGGAUAUUCAUUCCGAGCAUCCGGACACCCACUGCCUGUCUCGAAGGACGCCAAAGAGAUGAUUUUGACUUCUUGGAUCCCUUCCACAACCUAUUACACCUAGACUUGAAUCUGGGACUAGCGAAUUUGGAAAGCCGGUUCAACGCGGAAGCGAACGAGGCGAGAGCACUCAAGCAGAAUGCAUGA